AUGGAUUCACCCACAGUGGACAAGUUAUUUGUCUGCCCUGGAUGUCAGAGAGGUGGCUUCAAAAGCAUUGGUGCGGUCAAGGCUCAUUUUGAGUCCAAAGGCCACAAACUUGCUUGCGAGCCAUGCGACAGGUCAUUUGGAAAUGUAACAGCGUUGCUCAAGCACUCCCAAAAGCACGAAAGGCCUCUAGAUGGUUCUGAUCUCAAGUCUCUCAAGUCAGCAAAGCCAGCACCAAAGAGCACAAAGCAACUUGAGCCCUUGUCUGCCAAACCUGCGAAAUCAGCUUCAAAGCCUGCGAAAUAUGGCGGGUUGCCCGAUAUAUCUCAGUCUUUUGUCAAGGCUACACAGCCAUCCCCAAAUACCACCAAGCAUGAAAAAUCCAAGGAUCAUCCCGAGCCCUUAUCUGUCAAUCCUGUGAAAUCCACUACAAAGAAAACAAAGCUUGAGCAGUCCCAGGAUCUGUUGGAGCCUUUAUCUGUCAAGUCUGCGAAACCCACCGCAAAGAAAACAAAGUUUGAGCAGUCCCAGGAUCUAUUUGAGGUUUUGUCUGCCAAGUCUGCGAAACCCACUGCAAAGAAAACAAAGCUGGAGAAACCCCAAGAUCAGUUUGAGUUUAACUUUGACUCUUUGUCUGACAAGCCUGCGAAACCCACUGCAAAGAAAACGAAACUUGAGAAGUCUCUGGAUCGCUCUGAUAUCUUGCCUGCCAAGCCUGUGAAACAAGCUCAAAAGCGCACAUCAGCCCAGACACCGGUACGUGCCCCAUUGAGGGCAGAGCCUGUUGAAGACCUAUGGAACAAGCCCUCUGGACUUGAACCGCCGAAUUCCUCAUCACCCGCCACUCGGAAUGCAAAUUACCAUGUUAUCCUGGAGCCACUCGAACAAGACUUGAUCUUUCGCUAUUUGUCGGCACGAUGUCACUCAGAGACCCGUUUGGCCACACGAGGUUUCACCUUCCGGGCUGGCCUAGCAGAUUUCAGUAGGCGCCCGUCAAAGAAACCCCCUCCAAAGACAGGACAUUUCCGCCAAGUUCCUCGCUCAUCAGACGGCUUGCCGAAAAGGAAAGCCAUAGUCCUCGACUGUGAGAUGGUGCAAGUUGAAGCAGGGCGCCGGGAGCUCGCCUUUUUGAGUGCAAUUGACUUUUUGACUGGCGAGGUUCUCAUCGACAAUUAUGUGCAGCCGAAAGCGAGAGUCGUGAAUUGGGACUCUCGGUAUAGCGGGGUGACUCCUAGUGCCAUGAAUAAGGCUGUCAAAAAAGGGACAGCAUUGAAUGGAUGGGAAGGAGCGCGCUCAAAAUUAUGGGAGUUCAUGGAUAACGAGACUAUUCUCGUUGGUCAUUCUCUCAACAAUGAUCUUGACGUCUUAGGUAUCAUUCACUGGAAUAUUGUCGACUCCUCUAUCAUUACCAGCGAAGCGGUGUUUUACACUGUACACGCCCGCGAACCACUCAACCGCACAUGGAGUCUGAAGACACUUGCCAACGAAUUGGUCAAUUAUGAUAUCCAAGUUGGGAGACAGGGCCACAGUGCGCUAGAAGAUGCACAUGCAACACGGGAUAUUGUGAUCUGGUGUCUGAGAUACCCAGAGCACCUGAAAGUAUGGGCAGACAAUGCUCGGGACCAAGAGGAGGUGCGCGAGUACGAGAGGGAGUUGAAGAAGACGACGGAGGAGCAGGUGAAGGAGCUAAAGAAAAAACACGAUAUGGAGAUAAAGAUCCAAAUGUUAUCUCGUGGUGUUUCUGGUCUGGAUAUUGGUGCCAUUGACUUGUCUGAUGAUGAUAUUAAUGAGCCUGAUUUUGUCGACCAUGAUGGUGAUGACGCUGAAUAUGAACCGGUGACUAUUCAAGCUGCCGCAGCUUCAUUCUUUUGA